UACGGAAGCCGCGCAGAAUCACACCGACCGUGCGAUUAACGCGUCCGCCAUGCAUCAGGCGCCACCGGCGACCGAGGAAUAACACCCGACACCGACCGAAACGCGCAGAAAUCACGCACAAUACCGGGGCGAGCGAUUUCAGCAGUGCGUUAUCGCGUCCUGACGGCCAGCAUCGUUGCUGUGUUGCGGCAGAAACAGAGAGAGAAAUAGCGCGAGAGCGGAGCGAUCGACAAAUUGAAGUUUUGUAUCAAAUUCACACGUCUCCCGUUUUCGGUUUGUGUGUGACAGAGGAUGGAGUGGCAGCCGGAUGAACAGGGAUUACAGCAGGUGCUACAGCUGCUCAAAGACUCCCAGUCUCCAGAUACGGCCACGCAGAGAGCUGUUCAAGAGAAACUGGAGCAGCUGAAUCAGUAUCCUGACUUCAACAAUUAUCUCAUCUUUGUUCUCACCAGCCUCAAAUCAGAAGAUGAGCCCACUCGAUCUCUGAGCGGUCUGAUCCUAAAGAACAAUGUGAAGGCUCAUUACCAGAACUUUCCUCCAGCUGUGGCCGACUUCAUCAAGAGGGAGUGUCUCAACAACAUCGGAGACCCGUCCCCUCUCAUCCGCGCCACCAUCGGUAUUCUCAUCACUACUAUCGCCUCUAAAGGGGAGCUGCAAACGUGGCCAGAACUGCUGCCACAACUCUGCAAUCUCCUGAACUCAGAGGAUUACAACACCUGCGAGGGGUCAUUCGGUGCGCUGCAGAAGAUCUGUGAGGAUUCGUCUGAGCUGUUGGACAGCGAUGCUUUGAAUCGACCUCUCAACAUCAUGAUUCCUAAAUUCCUGCAGUUCUUCAAGCACUGCAGCCCCAAAAUCAGGUCUCAUGCUAUAGCGUGCGUGAAUCAGUUCAUCAUCGGCAGGGCUCAGGCUCUGAUGGACAACAUCGACACAUUCAUUGAGUCUCUGUUUGCUCUGGCUGGUGACGAAGACUGUGAAGUGAGGAAGAACGUGUGCCGAGCAUUGGUUAUGCUGCUGGAGGUCCGAAUCGACCGCCUGAUACCACAUAUGCACAGCAUCAUACAGUACAUGUUACAGCGCACACAGGAUGCAGAUGAGAACGUGGCGCUGGAGGCUUGUGAGUUCUGGUUAACUCUGGCUGAACAGCCCAUCUGUAAGGAGGCUCUGUCGGGUCACCUGGUCCAACUCAUUCCCAUCCUGGUGAAUGGGAUGAAGUACUCCGAGAUUGACAUCAUCUUGUUGAAGGGGGACGUGGAGGAGGAUGACAACGUUCCCGACAGCGAACAGGACAUCAAGCCCCGCUUCCACAAAUCUCGUACCGUCACCCUGCAGCACGAGGGAGGAGAGGGUGAAGAGGGAGAAGAUAUCGAUGAAGAUGAGGAUGAUGACGACGACACCCUGUCUGACUGGAACCUGCGUAAGUGUUCUGCGGCUGCGCUGGACGUGCUGGCUAACGUGUUUCGGGACGAGUUGUUACCGCACCUGCUGCCGCUUUUGAAGGGUCUGCUGUUCCAUCCGGACUGGGUCAUUAAAGAAUCGGGAAUACUGGUGCUGGGAGCCAUCGCUGAGGGCUGCAUGCAGGGCAUGGUGCCGUACUUACCUGAACUCAUCCCGCACCUGAUCCAGUGUCUGUGCGAUAAGAAGGCUCUUGUGCGCUCCAUCGCCUGCUGGACUCUCAGCCGCUACGCACACUGGGUGGUGAGCCAGCCGCCGGACGCCCAUCUUAAACCACUCAUGACAGAACUGCUCAAACGCAUCUUGGAUGGCAACAAGCGGGUGCAGGAGGCGGCCUGCAGUGCGUUCGCAACUCUGGAGGAAGAAGCUUGCACAGAGCUGGUGCCGUACCUCAGUUUCAUUUUGGACACUCUGGUGUUUGCAUUUGGGAAAUAUCAGCACAAGAACCUGCUCAUCCUCUAUGACGCCAUUGGCACGCUGGCUGAUUCAGUCGGACAUCACCUGAACCAACCGGAAUAUAUUCAGAAACUGAUGCCUCCUCUCAUUCAAAAAUGGAACGAACUAAAAGAUGAAGACAAAGAUCUUUUUCCUCUGCUGGAGUGUUUGUCAUCUGUGGCUACAGCAUUACAAAGCGGUUUCCUACCAUACUGUGAGCCGGUCUAUCAGCGCUGCGUUACCCUGGUCCAGAAAACACUCGCACAAGCCAUGAUGUACAGUCAGCAGCCGGAUCAGUAUGAAGCUCCAGAUAAGGAUUUUAUGAUCGUUGCACUAGAUCUGCUCAGUGGGCUGGCCGAGGGUCUCGGUGGUCAUGUGGACCAGUUGGUUGCACGAAGCAACAUCAUGACCCUUCUCUUCCAGUGUAUGCAGGACACAAUGCCGGAGGUAAGACAGAGCUCAUUUGCUCUGCUGGGUGACCUGACCAAGGCCUGUUUUCCACACGUCAAGCCAUGCAUUGCUGAGUUCAUGCCCAUCCUGGGGACGAAUCUGAACCCCGAGUUCAUCUCUGUGUGUAAUAACGCAACCUGGGCCAUCGGAGAGAUCUGCAUGCAGAUGGGUGUGGAGAUGCAGCCAUAUGUAUCCCUGGUUCUUCCUCACCUGGUGGAGAUCAUAAACAGACCCAACACUCCCAAAACACUACUGGAGAAUACAGCAAUCACAAUUGGUCGCCUAGGCUAUGUCUGUCCACAGGAAGUGGCUCCUAUGUUGCAACAGUUCAUCAGGCCCUGGUGCACAUCGUUAAGGAACAUCAGAGAUAAUGAAGAGAAAGACUCCGCCUUUAGAGGCAUCUGCGUGAUGAUUGGUGUAAAUCCUGGGGGUGUGGUCCAGGAUUUUAUCUUCUUCUGUGACGCGGUGGCCUCCUGGGUCAGCCCUAAAGAUGACCUGAGGGACAUGUUUUACAAGAUCUUGCAUGGUUUUAAGGACCAAGUUGGUGAGGAGAACUGGCAGCAGUUCUCAGAACAGUUCCCGCCCAUCCUGAAGGAACGCCUCUCUGCAUGCUAUGGCGUGUAGCCCCGCCCCUCUGCUUCACACACAGCACACGCUGUCAGUUGAACCUUUAGGAGGGGGGUACUCAUCCAUCUGUGUAUUGCACUGCCCUGAUCGUGGGGGAGAGGGACGCGAUUGGCCGCUCCGCCUGACGGACAGAUCCCACGCCCUUUGUGUGUCCAUGAGGGUGGGUGGGUGGGUGGGAGGGGGGAGGGGACUCCUCUAGUUAACUGCAGAAUGCACCCAAUCACGGGGAAUAUACCUAAAAUGUAGGGAAGUUGAGCGAUAGUGUAACAAGAGGGAGAGAGAAACAAACUGAGAGAGGGAGGGAGGUCGUAGGUUAAGCGGGAGGGAGGUAUAGGCAGGUAUCUGGGAAUAAUCGUAAAAAGAUUAAGAUUAGGGAGGGAAGCUAGAUGAGCAACUAUUAUACGACUUUUUAAAAUCUCAAGUUAAUCCCAGGCAUAAGAAUUAAACGCAUUCACUCGCAGACUGACCAUAGAGACACAUGCACAUGAAGUUGCAAUAACUACGUACGGCCUGCGAAAGCAGCGCUGUCGUAGCAAUAGCGUAAUCAAACUUUAACACUGAGAAUAUCUAGCAAAGACUAGCGUUGUUUUUUUCUUUUUUAAUAAUUAAUAUUGAGGAAAAGAAAACGUUCUUGGCUUCACAAAAAACAAAAAAGAUGGUUAAUGCUGUAUCGUGACUUUGUUUUUUUGAUUGUUAGUAAGGGAGCAUCUAUGAAUUCACAGUUUUCAUCAUCAUCGGCUUCGUCGUCGUCGUUGUCGUCAUCAUCGUCCUGUCUGACUGUUGCCAUGAUUCCUUUCUGCUCGUGUCUCUUUCGACUUGUCAUUUCUUCUCACCCCCGUAGUUGGCUUGUAGUUUAUUCCUGGGCUCGGUCAGUGUUUGCUGUUAAAACUCAUCAAAGUUUACCGAUUUAAAUCGCACUGUAGUUCAGUCGUUUAAUCUCGUCCUGAUUUCAGAGCGAUACGGUGUUGUCGAGGAGAGGCUGGAACGGAAACGAAUCGCAGUAUAGCGAUAAUGACCUGCGUUACUUGUGUGUCAGAUAUGAGUAGCUGUAGCCGUGUCGGGUAGCUUUUAAGUGUGUUCGUGUCAUUGCCACGUGUUUCUUUCGUAUGUCGCAUUCUUUCGUAUGUCGCGUUAAUAGGUUGUUAAUUGUUUUAAGGUACCUUACACUUGACUCCUGGACCCCUAUUGACCUGUAAACUGUGACCAACAAUGUGUGCGUGCUUGUGAGCGUGUGUAUGAAUGUAUUUGUAAUAAUAUUGAUGCCAUAUUGAUAUUUGCUAUUUAGCGAUUUAAUCGGCUCAUCCAACAAACCGCAACUGUCAAGUAUAGUUUUACAAAAGGAAAGGUUAAUUUUUUUGUCGUUUUUUAAGUUUUGCUGCUACUGCGAAUUUUUGUUUCAUCGGUAAAUAGAAAUGAAUUCAUGUUUAUUUCUGUUUGAGCAAAAUGCAUAAUUUAAAUUGGAGUAUUGCUUGUUAAGCACUUUUCUUUAUUUUGCUAUUUUUUAUUAUUUUGUAAGGAAUUUGCUGGUAUAAUUAAGGAUAAAACUGUUGGAUUCAUUAUGCGUCUUGUUUUUCUUGUGACAAUAUCUGUUGGAUGGAAGAUUAGAAUAAGAACGAGUUAAAUAGAGGGAAAGACAGGAAAUUGGCAGUUGGGGGAUCGAGAAACCGAACGAUAGCCGUGUGUGAAAAACUGCACUGAGACUCUGAAAGACAAAACAAUCACAUCUUUCUCUCUUUACCUUGCCAGGAAAAAUAAAUAAUUUUUUACCAAGCUAA